GAUUAUCAGAUUUUAAAAGACAUAAAGAAAGACUCUGAAGUUAAAGGAUUGAAGCAGGUAAUAGAGAAUGGAACUGUGGGGGUACAACCACAACCACUUUGGAAAGAAGGACAGGGGAAAUCGAAACUGGUGUCAACCAUGAGAAAAGAUGAUGACUGGAUUAAAAGAGACCAACAAGAUGAAGGGAUUGGAGAAGAGGUGAAGGACCGGAGAAAAGAACUGAGGCCUUUUAGAAAAAAUAUCUUGGAGAAUGAAAAGAGAGACCAAGAAUGGAUGAUAAUGAAAAAAGUGCCAGAACCGCAAAGUUCACCAAAGAAGGGAGACUGGAUGAAAGAGUUAAAGUCAGUGAUCAAAGAUGAAUCCCAGUCCAAAAAAAAAGAUGACCAAGUGAAGAAGAAGCGAGUAGUGCUACUGGAGGAUGGCCAUUCAUAUAUACCACAGCGGGAGGAGAUGAGCCCGGACGAGAGAGAGGAGGUCAAGCUCAUCUUCCACAGGAAAGUGGAAAGCCCAGUGCAUCCUAAACGAAGAAACAGCAGAACACUUCAAGAUCAGAACCAUGAAAUUUCUCUCUAUGUGAAGGCAGGAAGUGAUGGAGAGAGCAUUGGAAACUGUCCUUUUUCUCAGAGAAUCUUCAUGAUCUUACUGCUGAAAGGAGUCGUCUUUACUGUCACCACAGUGGAUGUUAAGAGAAAGCCAGCAAACCUACAGGACCUCGCUCCAGGGGUCAAUCCUCCUUUCAUGACAUUUGAUGGCGAGGUCAAGGUUGAUGUUAAUAAGAUAGAGGAGUUCCUGGAGGAGAAACUGACUCCACCACGGUACCCCAGACUAGCUCCCAAACAUCCUGAAGCCAACACAGCAGGAAUCGACAUCUUUGCCAAGUUUUCUGCUUACAUCAAAAACCCAAGAAGAGACACACAUGAUGCCUUAGAGAAAGCCUUGUUAAAGUCUCUCCGUCGUCUUGAUGACUUCCUGAGGACGCCGCUGUCUGAGGAGAUUGAUGCAGAUGCAGUUGGAGACCUGCCUGAGUCCACCAGAAGCUUCCUGGAUGGGUCUGAACUCACCCUUGCAGACUGUAACCUGCUACCUAAGCUACAUAUUCUAAAGGUUGUAGUGAAGAAAUACCGUGGACUUGACAUCCCUGGAGAAAUGACUGGUGUGUGGAGAUAUUUGACCUGUGCCUACUUAAGGACAGAGUUCACCAGCACUUGCCCUGCAGAACGGGAGACUGAGUUUGCCUACCUGGAUGUUGCAAAACUAAUUAAAUAGGAGCGGGGAAAGGAAUAGUUGGUUUGGAGGAAUAAACUGCCUGACUAAAAGAAAUCAAAAAUCUUUUUUCCUACUAGAAGGAAAAGAUAACAUGGAAAAAUUUAGAUGCAAGUUCUACAAUGAGCUAGUUUGAAUGUUUAGAGUCAAGAUGUAGAGGGAGGAGAGUCAGAUUAUAACAAAACAAGAUCCAAUGUGAAUUUAUAGUUUUUAUAGACAGACAGAGACUUACUAAAAAUGAUGAGGUAUGAUUUUGUCUUUGUGCACUCACCGGUUGGGAUGCAUGUUCUGGAACAUUUUUCACGUGAUGUUUCUUUACUCUCACAUGAUGGCAGCGCCACAUUUACAGUAAAAUCACUGCAUGACAUAUAACUUACGACAAAAAACGGAUAUCACAAUGAAAUGAAAGAUGUUAUACUGUGAUCACAAGUAAAGGCCUUGGUCUUUAAA